UCAUGCACAAUUUUAUUCAAGCAAACUAGAAAUAUCAUUUUUUUCUCUUCUAUUCCUUGAGCUCACUAAUAGAGGAGUAGGCUCUUUUCUGCUUCUCAAUGUCUUCUUAACUGAGCAAAGAUGUAGCUGCCUUUGGGUUUCUGCUAAGCUAGAGUGUGGGAGCAGUGGGGAAGGCUGUUUCCAAGGCUGCAGAUGAGGUAUCCAGCACAUCACAAUGAGAUGCAUCUCAGGAACAACCCAGGCUUCAACUCAGCCUGAGCAAUGCCAAGCUCCUCUCUUUUUUCUUAUGUGGCUGAAGUGGAAGCUCUCUGCCAUAGAUGUUAUUACCUUUGUUACCUGUGAUCAAGCCUCCCAGCCUGCCUAAGGAUACAGACUUGUUUGAUGCAUUUCCUCAUUAGUUGUACAGUUUGAGAUUUUCUUUAGAGGCACCUCUUUUGUGGCUGUACAAGUCAAUAUACCCGUUAUGUGAGCCUGCUUCAGGGAGCUCCACAUCAGCAGUAGCAGUUCAUGCACCAGCUCAACUCAUCACGUGUUGUUUGUAGUGCCAUAGCAACCCAGGCCUGCUGAGAGAGACGCAGCAGAGACCAGGAGUCUGCAGCCAGGUCCAGGAGUUCUGCAGCCUCCAUUUCUGGUCUGCAGGGAAGGAUUUCACCUUUGUAAAUGAGGUUGCCAUCCUGCAGGGAUGUAUGACGGCCCUUUGGUGCGUAGCUCCAGCAUGCAGUCAAAGAAGCUUACAACUGAGCCUCCGUGUAUAACAGAAGAAGUGUUUGAAGACUACUUAGCCACAGAUACUAUGCUUGUGGACUACUUCAAUGAAUUUUUGAGUCUCCCGACUUUUGCCCAGCCAGUUAAGUUUAACUCAGACUUCGGGGUUUUUGAAGUAGUUAACGACAUCCCACAACGCAUGGAACAUCAGCUGAAAAAAAUUCUACAUGAUCAGAAACCUCCAAAUCCCAUUUAUGAUGUUAUAAGAAAAGCAAAGAAUGAUGGGCAGCAUUCCAAAAAGAUCAGUGAUUCUUCACCGCUCAGUAUUGAUCCAAAUUACAACACUAUGUGUCUUGAUCGAGAACAAGCAGUACAGUGGAUUAAGAAGGAAAGGCUUCCAGCAUUUCUAGAGAGCGACUGCUACUUUGAGUACAGGCUAGCUAAAUUGAUAUCACAGGUAGAAUGGAGCCAGACUGGCAUUAAUUUCAUUAUAGAUAGCACCUACUACCCCUGGAUAAGGAAGGAAGAUGCGAGUACUCCCUCCCCUGAGGAGGAUGGUACUUUAUUCACUAUGAAGAGGUUCUAUGUAUCGCUUGGCCAGGCUACAGUUUCUCAAACAAUGGAUUGGUUUACAUUAGCAAAAGGAAACGAAUCCAUGAAAACUACAGAUUCACUUACGCGCCCUGCAGCUUCUGUUCAAAUUCAAGAUAUUCAGCAUUUGCCUGGUCUGCCUGAAAGAAAAGGUUCAUUGAGUGAAAAAGCUAGUUGCCUAGAAGCAGGUUCCCUAUCUAAGGAAUAUGACCACUGCAGAUUUCGUUCCUCUUCAAGGACAUCACCCAAAGAAGACAGCAUUUUUAGGGAGAGAUCAAGAGAAUCUGAGGAGGGCUCUUCUAUGGCCAUUGCUGAACCUCUUUCCUACACGCAGCUAGGAGUUUAUCCAGACCAGAAUUUGGAGAGCACGGCUGAAGAAGGACAGGAAAAUGCAACUCUUCAGCAACUGGAGGAAUUAAUACCAUCAUAUACUCAAUUUGUAACAAAGGAAUCAAUUUCAGAACUCACACAAAAGCCACUUGGUGAGACUGAGAGUGAUGUGGAUUUCCCUAAACAGCCUAAGACAUUUAUACAUGAGUUAUCAAAUAAUGAAUUUGCCUGUGGUACUGAAGAGCCACUCUUAUCCCAAAGUUCUUCUCCAUUUACUGUCGUGGACUCCAUGGGAGAUAUGAGGGAACGAGAUGCUGAAGAAGUGAGCUUAAGAUCAAGCUCUGAAAGCAAUGGGGCAGACAGUAGGGCUGCUUGGUGUAUUAACCACAGAACUUAUGACACUGGCAACAGAAAUGAGUUUGAAAGAUUCAAGAAAUUCAUUAAAGGAACGCUUGGUGAGAGGUAUUGGUGGCUCUGGAUGGAUAUUGAAAGACUAAAGGUUCUUAAGGACACUACAAGGCAGCAAAGGCAACUUGAUAAAAUGAAAAAACUCUAUCUACUGAGCAGUGGAGACUACUUCCUCACUUCUGAAGUGUUACUCAGACUUGAUCUACUACAUGGAGAUCAGUGGAAUACAAGGCAUUUAAGACAGAUUCAGCCUGAAGCAGUGAAACCUCUUCUUCUUUACUGGGGUCCCAGAUUUUGUGUUACUCAUUCAACAGCGAUAGAAACUGCCAGUGCAAAGCUGAAGUUCUGGCAUACAUGCCAAGAGAGACCAAGGGUGGACACUGAUCCUUUUCCACAAAUGGUAUCGUUGCUGCCUUUAACAACUAAGUCUUGUAUGCCUGGGAUACCACCUUCCCUUCCUCAGGGUUCAUCAAGAUUAUCACCUGCCUUGUCAUCAAGACAAAGCUCCCGGAGGGAUGACUUUCUUAGCAGUAGAAAUUGGCCAGAGUCAGUGAGCAGGGACAUGAUCCAUUGCUUAGCUUUGGAUGAAACUACAGAAACAAAACACUUGGCUCAUAGAAGGUACACCUAUGCUGAGUUGCUCCCAGGAAAAAGUGCUGCUGGCAGUGUUAUCUUAAGGGGAUCAAGAAUGGAAAACAUGCUGCAGUCUCUUUAUCUGGAGAACAGAGCAGGUUACUACUUCACACACUUCUGUGAGAAGUCAGGGAAUAAGUUGUGGAAGAACAGUGCGUACUUUUGGUCUGACCUACAGGCUUAUCAUCAGCUUUUCUACCAAGAAACUCUUCAUCCCUUUAAAAUAUGCAGGCAAGCUCAAUUCCUUUAUGCAACAUACAUUGCCCCAUCUGCCAGUAUGGACAUCGGCCUUCAUCAGAGUAAGAAAAACAUGAUUUAUCAGAAAAUGGACCCAGCUUUUGAGGAUCUUUUUGACACAGCAGAAGAACAUAUCCUCCUUCUUCUACUAGAACCAUGGAUGAAGAUGGUGGAAGCAGACAAGUACACUUAUGGAAAGGUGGAGUUGGUGGAAGAAACUCGACAGCUGGACUCUGUGUACUUUAGAAAACUCCAGGCUUUGCAUCAAGAAAGUGUUUCCAAGAAGAAUGAGAGUACUGUUGCUGACACUGAUCUGCCAUCCUUCCCUGAUGUUCUCAAAGAAGCUCAGCACUUGCAUCAAGCUUCCAAAAAACUGACGGGUUCCAAUUUGUAUGACCUGAUCCACAACAAACAGAAGUUAGAACAGUUCUGGGUUUUUCUUAAUGAGCAUUCUGCUGGAAUGGAUCUCAUGUGCUGGUUAGAUAUUGAACAGUUCAGAAAGAUGCUCCACAAGGAUAAAGAAAAAAGGGAGGAAAAAUCCAAGGAAAUUAAAAACAAGUACCUGAACAAAAAAUACUUCUUUGGACCCAACAGCCCAGCUACCAGAGAGCAACAAGAACAGCUAAUGCAUUCAGGUGGAGGAUGGGGACAAAUCCUUCAUGAUCGGCUUCCUCCAGCAGUUCUGCUUGAAAUUCAGCACUGGGUCCAGAAGAGAUUAGAGGAAGAAUGGCUGCCAUUGUUCCUGGCAGAUGAACAACAAGGAGCAGAAGGACAAGCAAAGGUAAGGGACAAAACUGAAGAUCUCCUAAGACAGAAACAGAAGACAACUAGGACGUGGAAGCAUGUGGACAACAAGAGGGUUUCUUCAUCCAGUGAAAUAAUUGCUUUCCGCAAAGCGCUGUUGGAUCCAGUGACAGCAAAUCAGUUUCAACGCUUUGUGUCACUGAAAGGAGACCUACUAGAGAAUGGAGUGCUCUUUUGGCAAGAGGUACAGAAGUAUAAGGAUUUGUGCCAUUCUCACUGUGAUGAUGCUACAGUCCAGAAUAAGAUCACAACUAUUAUUGAUCGCUUUAUCAAUUCCACCGUACCCCCAGCUUUGCAGAUUGACAUCCCAGCUGAACAAGCAAAGAAGAUUUUGGAGCACAGGAAAGAUCUAGGACCUUACGUUUUUAGAGAGGCACAGAUGACAAUUUUUGCUUUACUGUUCAAAUUUUGGCCAAAAUUUUGCGAGUUUCGAAGCCGUUUGCCUAGUGACAAAAUUUUACAUGCCUUGGAGAGAAAAAAAGGAAAACAGAUGCAGACGAAGGAAGGGAAAAUAUCAGAGGAAAGUCUCAUGAAGUUUCAGGGUAAAGAAGUGGCAAGCAGUGCUCUGGAAUAUCAGGCUGAUGUGGAGAGAAGACCAACAUCAUUUUCAGAUGGAUAUGGAUAUGGAUAUGGAUAUGAGUGGCAGGCUUCCUGGUCCUACUCCAAGUACAUAGAAGCCUUGGAGCAAGAGAGAGUACUCCUUAAAAUGCAAGAAGAUCUGGAGAAAAAUUCGUCAUUAUUUACAGGUACCUCGUCUAUGUCCUUCCCAAAGCCUGAAAACUCUGAAAAUUCCACAAUUUCUCCAAAGAAUAGUCUGACUUCAAAGAAACACUCAGAUCUUCCCAAAGAAAUAGAAAACAAAUUCAAAUCCCCCUGAGGAUGGAAAUGCAGAGCCAUUCACUGCAGAUGGGCAAGAUAAAAACUAUAUGUGUGCAAGGUUUGUACUUCCGGAGCAAAACCAACAACUUGGAUUACUACUAAGAACCAUGAGGGUAGUCAAGGGCAGAAAAAAACCAUCUUCCACUAUAUUCCUCUUCAACAUGAUCGUGAUACUGACUCUUGUGUCAUUUAUUUGCUUAAUAGUACACCUUGAGGCUCAAAUCAAUAAGAUUCCAUGAAGUAUGUGCAGUAAAAACAAUGAUGUAGUCAUGGUACUAAAGAUCUUGAAAUCAAGCCAAGUUUUUCAGUGCCUAAUCUAAUGAAAAAAUAAAACACUGCAUUAAUUGACAGCUCUGAAGCAGUGUGUCUCAGCACGCUAUUGUCUCAGUACUGUGAUUCAUACAACUUAUGUUCAUCAAGAAUAAUCCAUCAGGCAUCUGAACCAUCCUAAAAUCAAGCCCUACUGUAAUUUGCUUGCAGUUCUGUCUGAUUCCUGCUCCAAAGUAUACUUCAGCCUCAUUUCAGACUCAUCCACAUGAAAGUCUUAAAGCACAUCAGGACACUGAUCUGACUGGUAACUUUUAUAAACUCUCAUUCCUCCCAUGGUGUUAUACACUGGAAGAUUUCAGGAAUUCGUAGCUCUUCAGUAGUUCUCCCUUAUUUUUCUUUUAAAUCUUUAAGAGCUAUAAAAACACUGGGGAAGAGUUUAUGUUGGGAAGUUAGAGAAGGGGAGAGGCAAAACUCACUGCUAGGCAGGACAGGGCUGUUCAGACCAUUUUAAACAUCAUUCAACAGUCACAAAGCCAUUUGCUUUAGUCUUCUCUACGUGUAUCUAAUGCUGUAAGAAAAAGAUCAGUGAGCUCCAGCUUGCUGGGUUGCUAACAACUUAUCCCUCGAGUAGGGAUGGGAUUGUCUUCUGCUCCCAUUCCCAACCUCUUGGACAAGAAGAAGGAACCUCUAUGAGUUGUCAGAAAUCAAGGGCCUUCACCUGGAGCUCUUAGAUCAUCCUGCUAAGGGCAACUUAUGACUGCUUUCCUCUUCAGCAUGGAGUGACAGCUUAAGUCCACUGAUAGUCUUUUUCAUUCUUCAAGCACAAUGAUCUGGUAUUGUAUGGGAUUGUCAUCAGAAUUUUCUUUAGAGAGGCUGGCAGGGAAGGACCAACUGCACUUUUAUGGCUGUAGCUCCCCUGACCACACAGCCUCAAAGAAGGAAUAAGGGAAGUCAUCAAUUCAGUUCUUACUUCCCCACAGUUCAGAAACUGUUUGCUCGUGCUUAUCUGUGUUUCUUCUGUGUUUGUGUUGUUUGCUCAUAUGAUAUCACCUGAGAAAGACUUAUUGGGUGGAAGCUACAAGAAGGGAGUAAAAUGUAAAAUUCCUAUUCCUAUUUUUCAAAUUAUCCCAAAUUUCACAGAUGCACUGAACUUUAACGCUCAGUGCAUCUGAGGAGAGUGGAAUGCAGCAUCUUGCAGUGAGCAGAGCACAUCUGGUGCUGUGUGGGCUACCACUCAUUAAUGUGAAAAGCAAAGAAUCAUCAUGAAAUGCCACAAAUGCAGUGAUGUAUGUCAGUCUGAAAAACACGUGAACAGCCACCUUCUGCUGCUGUGGUCAGUGGAGUGCAUGCAAUCAAAUGCUGGAGCAUGGCAGUCAGUUUCUGUUUUGUUGUAACCUUGCCUUCAUAGCAUUUUGAGACAGUUAAAUAACAUGUAGAAAAUGCUGGUAGAUUUUACUUGAAUCAUACUUAUAAAAUUAAAAAUAUCAUCCGGAUAUUUGUCACAGAAUACAUAACUCCUUGUAUGUUUUCACUCCACAGAAUUGUUAAUGAAAAUUUACCAGACCUCCCUGCACAAACUGCUGUCCUAGUCAGUUACUGUGCUUAAUACCGUAUCACUUAAAAACAAACAUAAUAAAAAACACACUGUGUACUUCAUGUACUUCAGUGAGUGAGCAGAAUUUCAAAGUUCUGCAAGUAAAUGAUAGCCCUCAAUCCAGUUUGCAGAUGUCUCCAUGUUAACUGAAAUAAAUAUGCACACAUACAUGUGUGUAUAGAUUUAUUGACCAUGGAUGAUCACAUCAGUUAGUAAUGCUAGAAAUGUGUGUCAUAUAAUGAUGCCUAUUUAUUUUUAAAGAAAAAAUAGAGUCACUGAGCAGGGAAAUACUAAAAGAAGGGGACUCUCUUUUCUGCAUUACCAAAUCUAAUCUCAUGCAAAUUAAAUCUCAUGCAAAGCUGGAUGCCCCGUUAUUGUUAUUUACAUCUGAAACAGAAUGGUGCUUUUAGUGUCUUCUCCGGGAGUCAAACAGUGAGUACUGCCACUUGCAGCAGAGAGCCUGGGAACUGACCAGGUAUAGGGACAAACUAAAUGGCUUUGGUCUAAAGAAUCAUUCCACGUCACAUCAGAAUGCUCGCUUACACAGCUAUUGCCAUUUGGUCUUAUUCUUGAGAUACACUCCCUGUCAGGCUGCUGGUCCACCACCAAAGUGAACUCAGCAGUUUUAAAGGUCUAGAAAAGCUUCACUCAGUAAAUCUAGCACCUCUCCCUCUAGAAAAAUAAAAAUGUAUUCCUUAUUUAGUUUAACUAUGUAUACUAUGGAAUUUUAGAAAUCUACAGCACUCUGUAGGAGAACAGUUCUGCUCAGAACAGACAAUAAAAACAGCUAUAUUUUUAGAAACCUGCAAAUGUAGAAAUUUUUCUGGAUGGUUUUGGUUUUAUGCUUUAGUGGAGUUCAAAAUACAGAACCUAAUAAAAUACAGAGUCUAAUCAGACUUUUGUUGUUUACUCCCAAGAAAUGCAGCAUAUUGGAACUAUUUUGCAAUUUUUUAAGCCAUCAUUUGUAUUCAUAAAUAUUUACACUUAGAUGCUAUUACUGUGUAUUUCACUUCUCUCUCAUCAAACCUGGCAUGUUUAUUAAAAUAUUUUACAGUCUUUGCAUGCCAGACGCAGCUUAGCAUAAAUGGUGCAGUCUUGAAACUGAUCACUGAAAUACUUCUGGUAUCAGUGUAAGUUGUGACUACCCGCUUAAGGCCUCCAUACAUUUUGCUUUGACUUCUGUCCUGCUACAGCAUGACACAAAGCAUCAGACUGUGAGAUAAAUUCCUGAAGACAUACAGUGCUGGAUGGUGUCAUUGACAUGCAUACUUAUCGUAGCUUUCCAGUGUGCUGGCAGUGGUGGUCACCAGAGCAUUUAGAAAGGAGCAGAAUGCUUUCUCAUUUGUGUCUGUACAGUGUUGCUGUGCCAGUGCCUCCACAGCCCUCAUCAUCUUUUCAUGACUGAUUCUUAGGGUACUAUCAAUGGGAGCAUUCUUAGACACUAAGCUCUGUUUGUGCCUUCAGUCUCAUACAGUAUUACAGACCUGGGGACAUUUUCUAUCUGUUUUCUAUCACCUGCACACUGUGAGAUGUCCAGCCUCAGCCUUCUACUACUCUAGUUAAACCUUGAGCUUUUUUUAUGUGUGUGUAUGUAAAAAUGAUUGAAAACAGAUCAGGUACAUCAAAUUUCUGUCUCAAAUUUAGAAAAUAUAAUCUUUGUUAUUUAUGUUUCUAAUGUGAAAUACUAGGCCCAGCUGAUCACUGUGCAUAAUGCUAACAUAGCUGCAGCAGUCCGUCUUGAAUUUGACCUCUUCAAACUGGCCCAUUACAUUCAACCGAUGAUUUUUGCUUCUGCCUUUUUAUAGAAGUGCUUUUAGUCCUUGUGAAUCACACCUGAAUUCAGCUAAGGUGGGGCUAUAUGUUUCUUUUCUAAGCUUAUGGAACACUGUUAGUUUAAAUACAUUCAGUAGUAGUUGUAAAAACAUCAGGGAAAGACAGGUUUGAACAAAAAUUUUAGAUCUGGAUCUGUACUCACCAGUUCAAGCCUACCUUUAAUGGCCUGAUUUAGAACAUUCCCAGGAUUUCAGAGGGUUAUAAUUCACAUCUGUGUUUCUAAGUCCUUCAUGCAUGAUUGUUUGAAUGUGCACUUUUGGAACAGAUCCAUGUCUAAUAGGCUAAACUGUAGUUCCCAAUUCAGAAGCCACAUGGUAUUGCUAUAUAGUUUUUUUUUUAUUUUCCUUUCUAUUGUGUGGCCUUCAAACAAAGUUCUGUCAGUCCUGCACGCUGGAUUAAUAGAAAACACUGAAAUCUACACUUUCUAUCUACCUUCUAAUGAAUCCAUACAUUUUUAUUUCUACUGGUGAUUUAAUAAAGCAUUUACACAAUGGCCACAAUGGAUACUUCUCCACCAAGUAAUAAUUUCUCUGAGUGUAAGGGCAGAUUGGAAUUAUGCAGGACCCAUUAAGCUGUCAUAAUAUGUUAAAGGCAGUCAAUUGAUGAGAUUCUCUCAUUUUUAAUAUUCAUUUAGCCAAGCUGACUUGUAUCUCAAGCGCAGGCUGCAUUUACUUGGAUUUUCCUCUAUUUCUCUAACUAAAUUAAUAUAUUUAAGUUUCAUAGUAACAUAUGUGAAAGUGUUGACAACAACACUGCUUAUUCCGCAUGUUAAUUAUGUAUUUGUUCAGUAUGCUGAUGAACUAUGUGCACUUCUCAUGUUAACUUUUCAUUUCAAGUCAAAAGCAAAUGUAGUAAGUGGAUUUGUGCUUUUAAUUUGAGAUAUUUCUUUUUCCUCUAAAAUGAUCUCGUACACGAUUCCUCUGGACCAUAUGCGUUUGAAAAACUUCUAUUGGCAAGAAGUUUAAAAAGAAAGUAACGCUCUCUUCUCAGAAGAGGGAUUUUAACAAAGCAAAGCAGUUGUGUCGUUAAUGAGAAAGUUAAAUGAAACAAAUGAGAAGACAAGAAAAAAAAACACAGCAUCACACUCAAGGAAUGCGCAGGCACACAAUAGCUUGUGCAAUAUUCCUCAUCUGUCAAAGCCAGUAAAUAAGGAGAUGUCACUGGAAAUGUUCAUUAAAAUAGUCUGUGGUGCCCGUGGCUCAGUAAAUACAACCAACCAGCUUUUAGCAUACUUUGUAUUUUUCACCUGCAGGCAAGCAAACGGAUUUCAUCUCAGCUGCACACCCAAGUGAUUGGUGUUGGUUUUGUAAGCCCCUAACCCUGACUGGUUUGAGUAGCACUCAUCCCUGACAAAGCUAUUUUGGGAAUAAUAUCUGUCACAUCUCUAGAGUAAUGUACACCUUUACCAUUUUGGAUAUGUAUUUAUGUGUGUAGGUAUGUGUAUGUAUCUAAAAAAAUCUCUACUUCACUGAUUCAUGUGUUCAUUCGCAUAUAUUUACUACAUACAUAUAUGUAUAAAAUUACCACACUUCAGUAAAUUAUUUUACUGUCAUAAUGACAUGAGACUGAAGCGUGAUGUACAUCAUUUUUUUCCUAAUAAAGUUUUCCACUGUGUUGCUUCUGUAUAAUUUUUUGAAAAUGAAUGUCUUUUGUUUCAUUAAAAUGAUUCAUUUUGUACUCGCAUUUCAGAG